GCGACGCAGCCAUCGCCUCCGCGUGCCCCGAGUCCUCGAGCGAUGUCCCCUCGUCGCGUACCCUCCCGCCCCCCGUGGCACACCACCGCGGACAGUGCACCCGCAUCCCAUUCCCGCCAACUCUGAAGCCACCCCCGAUCCAAUAAUACGCCGCAUUUUACACUUUUCCAACCUCCGUAGUGUCGUAUUUACGUGACAGUGUGCGUUAUUCGGAUACGUCGAGCUCAGUGUAAACACUAAAGAAUCCCAGCUGAUCAAGAGAGAAGGGAGUUUGUGAGAGGGAAGAAUUGCGAGAAUCGCCGGGGCGGCGCGGCCCGAAGAUGGAUUCAGGACCCCGAAGUGCGGGCGGCGCAAACGAGGUGUUAAUCUUCUCGGAUGUCGAGUUAGGAGAGGAGGAGGCCGACCCGUAACCCCGUCACUUUCGAGCCCUCUGCCCCCCCCCCCUCGCGCGGAGCCACCUGUUCAUUUCUCCGAGUGCGCGCUGCGUUUUUCGGGUUGCGGUUGAGAUGCGGACUCAGGACGACAAGUGGACAUGACGCAGCGUGAGGCCUGACGGGAAUCACGCCUGUUUUUCCGGCUGGAUCGUGAGCAUGCCCUGAGAGCCACGAGCAGGAUGCCGGUUCGCAGGGGGAUCAUCGCGCCACGGACCACCAUCAUCGAGACCAUCAUCAGGAAGUUCAAUAGACAGAAUCGGAGUUUCAUAGUGGCGAACGCGCAGAACAACCUAUGUCACGUGAUCUACGCCUCGGACGGGUUCUGCAAGAUGACCGGGUUCAGCAGGUCUGACGUCAUGCAGAAGUCGGCCCUGUGCCAGUUCCUCCACGGGCCACUCACGUCCCAGCACGCGGUCAACGUCAUCAAGGAGGCCCUCUACACGGGCGAUGAGAAACACUUCGAAAUCCUCUACUACAAAAAAGACGGGACCAAAUUUUUAUGCAGACAAGUGAUAGCAACCGUAAAAUGCGAGGAGGAGGACGUUUGUUUGUACAUCAUCGAUUUCGAGGAUCUCUCGGCGCCGCCGCCCGAACCCCCCGAGGACGAGCCCAGCGCUGUCAGGCUUAGUAAAUUUGACCGAGCGCGUGCAUCUUUUAAGAGGUCCUUCCACCAUCGGAUGGGCUCACUCAGGGGGAGGGGGUUGCGGCUCUCCAGCUCGCUUUCCCCCUCCCCCGCCGAAGAAUCCAAGGAACCACUGGGAGGAAUCUCCAUGACCGAUCAAAGCGGUCUGGAGACGAGGCUGGAGCAAGAGCGAUCUAGUGUAGCCGGAAAUGAGGAAGCGGCAGAAGCAGGACCGAACCAUGUGCCUACACCAACAGUGCCCGUUACCUCUCAAGAAGGGGGACAGGAAUCAGGUGACUCCGAUAGGAAGAAUAGUUAUGGACUUCACACGACGUCUUUAGAUACUAUCCACAAGAAAUCUCCCGUUACGGACACCGGUCAGCUGAAUAAACUCCACUCUAGAGCAGCCACAGUUAGUGUUUUAACGUUCUCCUCCACUACCGAGACGGUGGUGCAAAAUCCGAGAUCGCAUACACUCGAUAACAUAUCAGAAGCAACAAGGAACCACAUAGCCAAAUAUUUUCCAAACACUUCCUCGGAGUCCGAUUUACAAAAGUGUCGAACUUCUUGCCCUUGGGACCAAACCCUAUCCUUGAACAAUGUUGGAGUAUCAGAAGCCAUCAGACAAAAGUUUGCACUGCCAGAUAACGGAUCGGCCAAAUUUUUCCAAGGCGCUCUUCACACACCCAAAAUGACAGAGAAAGUCGCAGAGGUGCUCUCUCUGGGCGCGGACGUGCUGCCGGAGUACAAGCUCCAGUCGCCGCGGAUCCACCGAUGGACGGUGCUCCACUACAGCCCGUUCAAGGCCGUCUGGGACUGGAUCAUCCAGAUCCUGGUCAUGUACACGGCCAUCUUCACCCCGUACACGGCCGCCUUCCUCCUCAACGAGCCCAACUACAACAUCAAGAAGAGCAGGAAGUACGUCGACGACCCCAUCGCCGUCGUCGACAUGAUCGUGGAUGUGACGUUCAUAAUCGACAUCCUGAUCAACUUCCGGACGACCUACGUGAAUCCGAGCGACGAGAUCGUCUCGCAUCCGGGCAAGAUCGCCUACCACUACCUCCGCGGCUGGUUCCUCAUCGACCUCGUCGCCGCCAUCCCCUUCGACCUCAUCGUCGUCGGAUCCAACACCGAGGAGUUGGACCUGGACCCUGAUGAGACUACAACGCUGAUUGGGCUGCUGAAAACGGCGCGGCUCCUGCGGUUGGUGCGCGUGGCUCGGAAGAUUGACCGCUACUCGGAGUACGGCGCCGCCGUUUUGCUCCUCCUCAUGGCCACCUUCGCCCUCAUCGCACACUGGCUCGCCUGCAUCUGGUAUGCAAUUGGAAAUGCAGAGCGUCCGCGGCUAAAAGCCAAAGUUGGCUGGUUAGAUCAUCUGGCGGAAGACACGCAACAAGCCUACUUUCCCAACAACACGGGAGGACCUUCCAUCAGGUCGAAAUACAUCACGGCCCUCUACUUCACAUUCACCUCUCUCACGUCUGUUGGCUUCGGCAACGUCGCCCCCACAACCGACGCCGAGAAAACCUUCACCAUCUGUGUUAUGUUAGUUGGAUCUCUCAUGUACGCUAGUAUUUUUGGUAACGUCUCAGCAAUAAUUCAAAGACUGUAUUCAGGGACUUCUCGCUAUCAAAUUCAAAUGUUCCGGGUCAGGGAGUUUAUUCGCUUUCACAAAAUUCCCAACCCUCUGCGCCAACGGCUAGAAGAAUAUUUUCAGCAUGCCUGGACCUACACGAAUGGUAUAGAUAUGAACAGCGUCUUGAAGGGGUUCCCUGAGUGUCUUCAGGCAGAUAUCUGCCUUCACCUGAAUCGAAAUUUGCUCACUAACUGUAGCGCCUUCAGCGGUGCCUCGCCAGGAUGUCUAAGAGCGUUAUCACUCAAGUUCAAGACAACGCAUGCGCCACCUGGGGACACCUUAGUGCAUCGAGGUGACGUUCUAACUUAUUUGUACUUUAUGUCUCGAGGCUCCAUCGAGAUUCUUCGAGACGACAUUGUGAUGGCAAUAUUAGGAAAAAAUGAUAUUUUCGGAGAGAAUCCGUGCAAACAUGCAACGAUAGGGAAAUCGUCUUGCAACGUCAGGGCCUUAACUUACUGUGAUUUACUUAAGAUUCACCGGGACGAUCUUCUAGAGGUCUUGGAUUUGUACCCCGAGUUUUACCCUCAAUUUUGUAAAAAUUUGAAAAUAACAUUCUACCUAAGAGAUGAGGAGCAGGUGGGGGUGGACCCGCGGGUGAGUCGCUGCGCCCGGCGGCGGCGCUCGGGGUCGACGACGCAGACGGGGCCGGACCCGAGUCAGACGGGGAUGGGGACGGGCGGGGAGGCGGUGACCGGGCCCGGGGGCCUCAUCCUGGACAUCCGGCCGGCCGGCGACGGCGGCGGCGGGCCCCGCAGCCACUUCCGCUACCAGCAGCCCAGCUUCGACAGCAACGGCGUCCCCUACGACAGGCCCUCCUACCUCACCAAAGGCUUCUCACAGGACGACGACUACGAUCACAACGGAUCCAGCGGCCAUGGAAUCUUGGAGUUCACCACCGAGAAAGCCGGGCAGGACGUGACGCCGAUGAAUCUGCAGUUCAAAGAACAAGGUGUCACACACCAGCCCCGCUCAUCGACCUUCAAUUCGAUUUCAGGCAUGCUGAACCAGUUGAAACGUAGCCUGACUGAUAUACGAUUGCAUGGAAUCUCCUCGAAACAUAGUUGUACCGACGAGGAGGCCCCUAGCCACACGGGACUAGAGUCUCUACUGAAGCUCUCUUCCAGUUCAAACAACGUUAGACAUCGGCCUGAUUCGACGAGUGUCGAUACCUCGAAAGAGACCCAGCCACUUCUCGAUCAUCAAAUUCCUAUUUCAGAGUCGGGGCUGCUGCAUUCGGAUAUGGGCAGCUUCGAUGGGCAGCCAUUGUCGAGGGAGGAUAUUCUACCGCUGAACCCAGAGGACAUGCCCAGCAAAAACAACGUCACCACUGCCUCAUCCUUGUUCAUGACCCCCCAGUCUCAAAGCUCUACACAUUCCCUUCGCCAAGCACCACUCUCCUCAUCUGCUGUUGCAGGAUGCCAAUCUGUGAUAUCCGCCGCUUUCGUGCCCUCGACUAGCGGCCUCCCAACGUGCGCAAGCUGCGGUGCUCGGCAACCCCCCGCCCCCGCCCCCGCCGAUGUUAAUCUCAAGAUCGACAAACUCACCAGUAAACUGGAAAGUUUGGAACAAACUAUGGCUCGUGAUAUAAGACUGAUUUUAAGUUUGCUGCGGCAGCAAAAUACCCAUUCCUCCACGGAAUUUAGAGAGCAGUCUUGGUCGGAGGCGAAACCUAGAACAACAAGCGUGAGACGAAGCUUAAGUGUUCCUCAAAAUGAAUCUCAUUUCUUCUCCACGGAGCCCAGCAGGAGUUCGCAAACGGGAGACCCGAGUGGAGAGGCAAGCGCAAGUGCCAGUGACCCUAUCCACGACCCAUGGACAUUCCUAACCCCUCAUGACUAUCAGUCUCCGCUCACCAAAAUUCCCAGGAGGAGUCUCUCGCAGCCCGUCAAUCUUUCCCAGGGUCAAACGGACUGGUUGCAAGGUGAAGCAUCAACGAGUCAGUUUCCACCAUCCAGUGACUGGCUAUUCGAGCCUCUGGGACUUGGAUAUAAAAGGAGGCAGCUCUUAGCGGCAAGAAACACUGUCAGUGAAGACAUGAUGGAGUUUCAAGUUCCACCCCAAACUGGCAGACUAAAUUCUGAAAUGGUCUUAGAAAUGCUAGAAAUGGAGCCGAUGGCCGGAGAAUCCACACCUCGAGCAGAAAGCCCGAAGACCUCAAAAGCAUCAUAAUUUUUACGUUUCUUUGUUUACAUUAUGUAUUAUUUACCUUUUUUACCCAUUAAUUAGCAAAUUAUAUUUGUAAAUUAUUAAAUCAAAUAUCACAUAAAAGUAGCCUUAUCCGAUAUACCAACCAGGUUAAUAUCCAAAGCCUUUUUUGCCAAUUAGAAAUGGAUUGCCCAUUCAACUCGCUUCGUACCCUUUUUUAUUGUAAAGGACACUGGAAUCUUUUUUACAUAAGUUAUUUUGUAAAUUGUACAAAAUGUAUGAUACGUAAUUUCACUUACCCUCUAAUUGGCAACUCGAUUCAGAGCUUCAUUUUCACGUUUCCCCCGACGGAACAAGUCUGCAGACAAUUUUAGCGCACCUAGUGGACAUUUUGUUACAAUUUUUACUUUAUUGCGUAAUUAUUAAUUUGUUUUUAUGGUUAUUUUUCUAAGAAAUUUAUUUGCAAUAAUUAUUUAGCCACCUGAAUUCCGUUCUAGGAGUUUUGAGGCUUAGUUAGACAGAAAAUGAGGAGAAAUCCCUGGCUUUCUGCAGAAACAAACGGAAAAGCUGCGGCGGCCUUCAAUUUAGUUUCAAUAAUGAUCAAUCUUUUUAUUAAAUAAAUACCUACUGUGAUUUUGUUUGCAAAGGAUUUUUUUUGUUAUUGUAUAGAUACCUUUUAAAAAUUAUUUGUCUUCUGUGGCACUUACUGAAUGAACACAAAAGUGAGCCCCUGAGAUAUUUAGUGAUGAAAAUACCCAUCUGGAUUCGGAUUUUCAAUCCUAUGCAUUUCAAAAUUCAAUCAAGCAACCCAUUCCCUCAAACUUAAAACAAUUCCCAAAAUCAACGCUAGGGGGUAUAAGAUCUCGAAAUUCGGAUACAAACCCAACAAAAGUGACCAUUUUGGUACAAUUUUGGACUUACAAUCCAAUGAGGUGUAAGGUUCGAAACGUCUUUGAUUAAAGGAAGGUCGGACGGAUGACAUAUUAUGUGUAUUUUUGCAACAAACAUCUUAAGCGUAUAGGUAUGCAUCAAGGGCUACACUUUUGGAUGAUUUUGAAAUAUUUUUGCUUCUUCUGCCUAUCUAACUGAUCGCAACGGCCUAAUGAAAAACUUGUGCCGAGUAUUUUUACCUAAAAUGGCUUCAGCUUGAAUAUUCAUUUUUCUAAACUCCAGCCCUUUAACCUAAACUAUUAAUAAGUAAUUCGAUAAAAAAUUAGCGGAGAAACGGAAGUAACUCCCUGAAAAUGUCGGAUCAGACGUGAUUAAAAACCUAUUCCUCAAUGUAAUUUCCCAACGUGUUAUAUUUAAAUUAUCUGUAAUGGUUGCAUUUUAAAAAUACCAGUCGCACUGAUGAAGGUUGUCUUACCAUCAUUAUUUAUUGAAAACCUUUCGAGAUCGCAGCUUAAAAAGAGGUGUUUCUUUAGAAACAAAACGUACUGAUUUACACGAGCGAUUGUCCGUGCGAAGAGGGGCCUCUAUCUAUAAAAACUCAAAGUUGAGUCAUUGAGCAUCUGAUUGAGGCAUAGAGAAAUGCACUUAGAACGAUUUGAUGUAAAAGACACCGCAGUGUAUGAACCAAAUCUAAGAAAUGACGGUUUGAAGUUCGCAAAAAAUUGAGAUUAAGCUAAUUAAAGCCCUGAGCCGCUGCGUUUCGGUUCAGUUCAGACAAGAUAUCGCGGAAUAUUUGGACUGCAUUUCACAAUUUGGACCUAUAAAUUCUGGCUCAUCUGAAGAAACACUUAUGUGCAUCGGAAAACUAAUGGUACAUACGUUGUUUUUAAACCGGGCCGGAAUUUAUAGGUCCAAAUUGCAAAAUGUAGUCCAUUUAUGCAACUAAUGACACAAUAAUGACUUGAGACAAAGGUAACAAACUGUAUAAAAGAUGAAGAGGAGUCGGAAUUCUAAAAUCUAACUAUUACUCCCAACUCGACAAGAAUUGCAUUGAUGAAAACUUUGGUUCCGUAAAUGGAGACCUCCUUCUCUCGUGGGCGGCCACAAUUCGUCGUUUCCCCGACGAAAAAUAACCUAACUCCAUUACAAUGUUGCUAAAUUGACUUAAAAACCAAAAAAUUGCCUUUGCCAUUUAAAUGUUUACCAAGAAUGUACCUAUGCAAUUAUUGUUCACAAUUUCUCUAAUUUCUGCUCGAAAAUCAGAGGAAAAAUCGGCGAUAUAAUUUCAGUCGAUAAAUCCUAAGAUUCCCCCGUCAAAACUGCAGUUUGCGAGGAGAAAUUUGGCAACAUUGAAAUGUAGUCACGUUCUUUCGUUGGAGUCUACAAAUUUAAAUAAUAAAUCUUGGCAAGUUGUAAACUGCCUCGAUUAUGCAAUUUUUAGUGAAGUGAGAUUGUGGAAAACACACUCACAUAAGUAAAAUUUGAAUUUGUCAGUUUGCGACCGUUCACGCGAGCAGACGGACCUAGUUGCUUAAAAACUAGGUAAGAGAUCGUUAGCUGCUAUGCAGUCUGCUAAUGCAGAUUGAAUAAAACGACCUUUUUCAUCUCUGCAAUAUUGCAUUCGCUUUUUUCGAAUAUUCUUUUUCUUGGGAGAAUCCGAAAGAAAAAUUCGGAAUUCUAACAAACUGAUAGCUUCCUCUUUAAGUGUAUCUGCUUACUUUAGAAACGGCCAUUUUAUUCGCUCUAACUCAUAUUCCGAAUUCAAAUCUGCUCUCAAUCUAUAAUUUAAACAGCACGGCCACCAUUAACGGUGAUGAUGCGUGAUGUGAAACAGGUGCAAAUGUAAAGUCAUUAUUUUUUGGAGACUUGUGAAUGGACGAAUAAAGACAUUCGGAAAGAC